AACUUCUUCACACACGCCAACAUGAAACGAAAAUUGGACGCUAACGAUGUCCCUGUACCUGCGGAGGAGGUUGGAGGACAGAGAGAGGAGAAUACGUUUGCCACUCUAGGGCUGGAAACUCGACUUCUCCAGGGAAUCACCAAGCUAAACUUUAGGACGCCCACCCCGGUGCAAAACAAAGCAAUCCCCUUAGCAUUGGAAGGCCGUGAUAUUCUGGCGAGAGCGAAGACUGGAUCUGGAAAGACGGCUGCGUAUCUGCUGCCAAUCUUGCAUUCAAUUCUGAAGCACAAACAGACCAACUCUACCCCGCGCACAUCUGCCCUCGUUCUCGUCCCAACCCGCGAGCUCGCCGAGCAAGUCUACAAAGCAGUCGAAUCCUUUUCUGCCUUCUGUGCAAAGGAUGUACGGGCGGUCAACCUCACACACAAAGUUUCCGACGCUGUGCUACGGUCUCUCCUCGCAGAUUCCCCCGAUAUUGUCAUAGCGACUCCUGCUCGAGCAUCGGCCAAUCUGAAUAGCUCAGCUCUUUCCUUAGACAAUUUGGCACACCUGGUUAUCGACGAGGCCGACCUUGUUCUCUCAUAUGGCUAUGAUAACGACCUGCAGAAUGUGGCUAAGAUUAUGCCGAAGGGUGUGCAGACAAUACUGAUGAGUGCGACGUUAACAAGUGAAGUCGAGACUCUGAAGGGACUUUUCUGCCGAAAUCCUGUUGUGCUUGAGUUGGAGGAAGGUGAAAUCGACGGGGAAGGCAUCAGCCAAUAUGUCAUGAAAUGUGCAGAAGACGAGAAGUUCCUGCUGGUGUACGUCAUAUUUAAGCUGAAGCUUAUCAAGGGCAAAUGUAUCAUAUUCGUGGCCGGUAUUGACAGAUGCUAUCGGUUGAAGUUAUUCCUGGAGCAAUUUGGGACCAAGAGCUGUAUUCUCAACUCCGAGUUACCGGUCAAUUCCAGGAUACACGUUGUUGAGGAGUUCAAUAAGAACGUUUACGAUAUCAUAAUCGCCUCCGACGAACACGAGGUUUUAGGAGACGAAGAUAGUGCAGAGACAGAAGGGAUAGAGGUUAGUGCUGCUACCAACGACGGAGAAAAGGAAGGUGCGAAGAAGGAGCCAAAGAAAUCCUCAAGGAAGAAGCGAAAGGUUGUGAAAAAGGACAAGGAAUACGGAGUUUCGCGAGGGAUCGAUUUCAAGAACGUCGCAUGCGUUCUCAACUUCGAUUUGCCAAUCUCUUCGAAAUCGUAUACCCACCGAAUUGGUCGAACUGCGCGGGCUGGGCAGACUGGAAUGGCCCUCUCUUUCGUUGUCCCGACAGAAUUGUAUCGAAAACACAAGCCUACGAGCAUUGAAUCCACAAAAGACGACGAGAAGGUCCUGGCCAAGGUCGUGAAGCACCAGGCAAAGAAAGGGAAAGAGGUGCAACCCUUCAAAUUUGAUAUGAAGCAAGUGGAAGCAUUUCGCUAUCGUAUGAAUGACGCUCUACGUGCUGUGACAGGAGUCGCAAUUCGGGAAGCUAGGACAAGAGAGUUAAGGCAGGAGUUGAUGAAGAGCGAGAAGCUGAAGAGACACUUUGAAGAGAAUCCUGGAGACCUGCACCAUCUUCGACAUGAUGGAGAGUUGCGACCUGCGAGAGUCCAAUCACAUCUGAAGCAUGUACCGGAUUACCUACUGCCGAAAGAGGGGAAAAAGGGACUUACGCCAACCGAUCUCGGGUUUGUGGGCAUGCGAAAGACCACAGAGAAUCGCAUUAGAAAGUCUAGAUUGGCCAAUAAAGUGAAGGGUAAAGGCAAGAAAGCGACUGGCCGGAAGACGGACCCUUUGAAAACUUUCAAGGCCAAGUCUCGAGCUUUGUAGCAUGAGAAUAAAUGAGAUGAAUCUUUCUCCUCCAAGCCGUGUGGCCCUAGGAAUUGGCAGAUGAACCG